CAGAGCCACAGAGGCGGGCGUAGGCUGCGGGAUGCUGCUGGAUAUCCGCCCCCUCUCCAGAGAGCCAGUCCGGACAGGAGGAGGAAAUACGACACCAAAUCCCCAAUAUUUACAUGAAUUUUUCCUCCCGAGAUAUUUUCAGCUCCUCACAGCAGGUAGAAAACACCCAAACGACCAUCAUAUCAGAGAGAUGAAGCUCGGAUACUUAAAAUCAGGUCAGAGAUUCUUUCUGUGUGACUCUCAGCAAAACAUCAUUUCUGCUUAUUCAUGGGGACGAGGGCGCCACCUGUCUGUGUCUUCAGGGCAUUGCGUCGAAUAUAUUUACUCACCUAUACAACUCUAUAAAUAGGACAGAUGUUCCUGUCUGCUGACGCUACAUUCGUGGAAAAAAAGAGUAAAACAGACUUAUUCAUUUUGGCUGGUGAAGAAAGUCACUUACAUAGCAACUCAUUUGUUGUGAUCUUUUUCCCUUACAGGCACGUGUACCCUUUCAAUGAGGGUCUUAAUGAUCAAUCAAUCAAUCAAUCAAUCAAUCAAUCAAUCAAUCAAUCAAUCAAUCAGUCUUUAUUUAUAUAGCACUUUUCAUACACAACCAUGUAGCACAAAAUGCCUUACACAGAAAAAGGAAUAAAAGAAACUAAAAAUACCCAAAUCUACCCCAGCCCAACCCCUCAUUCCCACCCCACGAUCUAAAUGCAACAGAAACAGAAUUAAAAGGCUUUUUUAAAAAGGGCUUGAUUUCGUGGAAACUGGAAUGUCCACACUGAGGAAAAGUCAUUUCAAGAGUCAAGAUAAGGAAACACUGGAGGUUUAGGUUAAAAUCUAAAACAAAGAAACAUAGAAUAAGAAAUAAGAAAUAAAACGAAAUAAAAAUGACAGUAAAAGAUACUAAAAUAAGAGCACCAAAACAGCUCAAUAAAAGAUGUUCCUGUCAUUAAAACUAGAAAGAGAUAAAUGCUAAAACACUUAAACAAAGUUAAUGAUAUAAAAUUUAGUUAAAAGCAAAACUAAAAAGGUACGUUUUCAGUUUGCUUUUAAAGUCAUUAAGAUUAGGUGCAGUCCUCAGGUCUUAAGGUAAGCUGUUCCAUAGACGGGGGCCAUGGUAAUAAAAAGAUGCCUCACUAUAUGUCUUGGUUUUAACUUAAGGUAUUGUGAACAAAGAACUUCCUGAAGACCUGAGGGCUCUACCUGGCUCACAAGGUAAAAGAUCAGAUAGAUAAGAUGGGCCAAAGCCAUUAAGGGCUUUAAAAACCCAUAAAACAACCUUAAAAUCUAUUCUAAAAGAGACGGGUAGAUGAUGCAGAGACCUUAAAAUCGGUGUAUUGUGUGUCAAUGAUGACAAGUGUGGCUUUUAAACAGAAAUUUCUGAACUCUUUUUCAAGUACUUACGGCCCUUGAUUUUUAUUUUCAAAUAGGCCCUCCUGCUUCUAUGCUGGGCUCAAUUUAAGGUUAUUCUGUCACAAAACAGUCCAUGAAAAAUAUCUUGGGCAUGUUGUCACACCACCUGCAUUAAGAUUAAAGCUGGCAUUACUUAAUCUGUCUUGUCUAUAUUUCAGUACGUCACCACCUGUUUUGACCUCUAAAUGCAUCUUUAAAAAAGAAUUAAAGUUAUAACCCCAUUAUGCAGCCUAAAGGCAUGGUUGACGAUUGGAGAGAUUGGUAAUUAUUAAGAAGCCCGUUUAUAUGGCGGUCAUGGUCCUACAGUGCGAUCUCCACAAAGUGAAGAGAAAAAAGAAUGGAAAAAAUGCAUUCACCCUUGCAGGUACAGGGCUGCAAAAACACUGACCAAUGGGAGACAUCUGUCCAGGACAGCUCCUAUUGGUCAAUCUCCUGCUCCGCCUCUCCAUCCAAUCACCUCGCUGUAUUCGACACACCCCUCUCCCAUCGUUCCGACUCGUCCCCUCCCACUCUCCCUCCCGCAAAUAUAUUAUUAUUAUGAUUUUUUUUUUGGAGGACGGUAGGUGAAAGUCCCGCCUCCUUCGCCUCUGAUUGGCUAGAAAAGCUGGAAACAUCAUCACACGGCUCUGUACAUCGAACAGUACAUUACACAACAUUAUCGCACUUCUGAAUCUCCUAACCCUCAUCCUAAUCCUAACCCAAACCCUAACCCUUAUCCUGACCCUAACCCGACAGAUGAUGACGUUUCACAGCCAUGAGGAUUGACCAAUUGGAGCCCAGCACUUCUAUCCAAUCAGAAGCGAAGGAGGGCGGGACCUUCCCCUACCAUCCCACAAAAAGAUUUCACCUCCUGGCCGUCCUCAUGUCUCUGAGUGGCUAAAAGUAGCAUAGCAGCUUAGCUACAAGAGCUGUAAUGAAGAGGGAUGCCAAAAAAAAAAAACACUUCUGCUUGCCCCACCACCAAAAAUGCUAAGAAAACGCAAGCCGACAGAAGAAAGGGUAGAGCUGAAGAGGAAAUGUGGCCUAGCGAGGAUUCUAACUCGAAUAAACAUCGGGUCAUCCUUCGAGCAGUGGAGAAAGCUCUGCCAGGAUCUGGGCCUGAAAACAGACACAGAGACAGCAGAGUUUUUGUUGAACAGGUAAUUUUUGCCUUUUAUGGUGGCACAUGUUACAUAAAUAACUCUUAUUAGUCUCUGCAAUGUCAACAUGGUAGCUGUCCAGGCAGCUGCAGACGGUGCUCGCUAGCAGAGCAGGCAUUUACUGCCGCUAGUCACCAGCAAUGCCACAUGGUGAGUCCUAUUUGAAGCUAGCUAGGAUUUUCUGCCGGCAACCAUGCAAACCAUGCCUCCUGUCAGCCAUGCCUUUAACUGGACUGCUGUCCUUGUCCAGGCUUACACACACCAGGCAAAAAUCAAAUUAUUGACAGAAACGCGUCUCUUUUCACCUCCCUACUACUAUGCUAUCUUCUGGUUGAUCUUUUAUGUGCCAAAACAAUCAACAAAAAGCGUUAGCAUGUGGCUAACGGGGUGAUGAAAACCAUGACACUGUUACACCUCUGUAUUUUUUAUUUAUAUAUGACAGUUUAUAAUUCUUUUUAUAACCUGCAUCUUCAUCCGUUAAGGCUUUGUUUUCCACUUGGCUUCCUAGCAAAGCUGUUCAACUUCCAGACAAAAGCCCGGGUGUGAACUCUAAAGCAUCCACAGAACACUCAAACCUGUUUCAGAACAAUUGAGCUGUAUACUCACAGGAGAAAAUCAACUCCCAACCCAAUAAAUAUGUAGAGUAUAAACUCAAAGCCCAGUACAAGUGUUUAUGAGGGUCACCUUUAAUCUCAUACCCAAUGUCUUUGAAUAGAUCUUACCAAGUUUGUUUAUGUUUCAACUAUUUAUUGAUAAAAAUUACAUUUUUACUCAAAAUGUACUUCAUUAACUUACUAAAUAAUUAAAAAAAAUUUUCACACAUCAUAUAAAUGGUUUUGUCCUGGGAGUUAUCAGGUGAAGUUUUUCUUGCAGCUGAUGAACAUAAUCUUUUUUUUAUAGAGCAUACAGAUAGACAGACUUCUGUUGAGUUUUCCAAUCUUCAUAAUAACGUCAGUUCCUGACUACAGACUGACUACAAAACACUUUACUGCUCUAAAACAAUAUUGUCCUCCUGCCAUGAGCCAACUAACGCUACCUGAGUGACCAGCCAUCUGAGCUAAAGUUACUCUCUUUGAAGUCAACAUUUCUGCCUCCUUAUCUCAAAGUCAAGACAAACAGGAUUAUACCAGACAGUAAAUGAACAUUAUGGAGUGUUAUUUUAGUGUUGGCUUUAGUGAAAAGACAGCAAGUUGGAGUCUUGAGGCACCUUGGCUACCUGUGUUGUGUCUGCAAAUGAAAGUAUCAAAAGUGUGGUCGAGGUUUUCAUGUUUGAUUCCUCCUUCAUUUAUUUUCGUCCUCUGUCACCUCGACCUGAAGCCGGGUGUUCAGUUAUCUCACAGCAAACAAAGGCUAUAAAAGCCGAUAUGAGCAGGGUGAAAAGUUUAACCACACUCAGAGGCCUGUUAAAUUUAAUCAGUGUACAGUUUUGAUAAAAAAGGUGAUGCCGUGUUAUCUCUAUUAUAAUUGACAAUUAUUUGAAGGACAGCGUAUGACUCUUCUUGGAAAGGAGGGAGAGAGAGAAUGGAUUAUUUCCAGAGAAGUCUAUCACUGUGUGACAUAAAGCUAUUCGUGGAACUAGAUAAUGUCAUGAAAGGAUAGCUGUGAAGAACUGUAUUUUAACCUUAGACCUAAUCAUUGUUUAGCACACUGACUAAACCUAAAUAAAACUGUUUUUGAUUCGUUCGUUCGUUAGUUCUAUUUUCAUUAAUUGUUUGAAUGUUUCUGCAGCUCAAAUAUCAGGGCUUCAAUCCGAACAACAAGUUCUCCGAGUACUCUGCUGACCUGCCUGUAACCCUGAUAUAUGAACACAAAUUAAGAUAAGGAAAGGUUGUCAGAAAGUCAAACAGAUGAACAGUUUAUGGCUCUUUUAAGUCUUAUCUCUGACAAGGAAGUGUGGUGUCAUGAAAAACACUCUCCUGCACAAAGAGAGUGCUGGACAAAAAGUAACACACUCAAUCUUUUUCUGUAAAAUCAUUCAUGCAGACUGACUUUUAUCAGACAAACAGACCUGAAAUACUCUUACACAACCAGCGAAGAUAUCAUCUUUGAGUGCAAACUUUAUUUGGGAAUAAAAAAAUGUUUAUUUGUUGACACAUUUUAUUUGAAUGCAAGUUUUAAAACAGUAUAAACAGCUCUUCAAGAACAUUUCUUAGGGACAUAUUACAACAAAAGCUUUAAUAAUAAACAUCAUUUGAAAACUUUUCAACACAUGACAGUCAUGUUUUGUAAGACCACUCAGAUAUCCAUUCCCAGGGGGUCAAAACAUAGGGUCCUGUGAUGAGGGUCCAACAGGGGGGGUAUUGAAGUCGCUCUGAGGAACAGCCUGGACUGAAGAGGUUUUAGUAAGCAGCAUGGGAGCAAGCAGGUGGCCUGCAGGGGGCGCUUCUGUAAGAGCUGAGAGAAAACCUGAUGGUGAGACGUGAACUCACUGUUGUGACUUAUGUCAAGUGUAUAAAAUGCCCCCAUUAAAGCUCUUGUAGUGUUUAAAAUGUAAAUGUAUUUGCCAUCUAGAUGACUUUGCAGUAGAUUAAAUGUUUAAAAAAAAAGUGCCCACCAGAUGUUCCUCCUGUGGAUAAAGUUUAAUUAAAUUGUCUCCGUAUUCCCAAAGACAUAAAGCCAACAAAGUCUUCUCUGUAUUUUGGUGGAUAAAAACUUUAAUCAGUCCAUCCAGAUGUUAUUUUUGGGGUGUUUACAGUGAACAAGGUGCCCCUGGAUUUCUUUUUAGUUGACAAAAAUGAGCAAAAUACCAUCUAGAUGUUUUCUGGUGGGUUGACUGUAAAUCAAGUGACGCCCUUACAUUGGAUAAAACAGGCCAAGGUAUCAUUUUGGUUAUCUGAUCUAAUUUUGAAGUGUACUUGUUAUGCAAGGUUUGUGUCACAGGUAUCCGAGGUCUCUCAUGGCUUACAGCAGUUUUGUCCCUGUGUAUAAAAUAUCGAAAUAUAAAUGAUUUAAAUUAUGGUGUUACCUCAUGAUGAAACUGGGGAUGAGAGGGUGACUGUAUGUAGCAUGUGUUGAUCAAUUCAAUAUCCUUCAGUGUUUCUGCUUUUCUCCAUUUGGCUCGGCGGUUCUGGAACCAAAUCUGCAGACAAAAACGUGAGAUUAAUGUAUCUGUUUUUUUUUUCUUCUUUUUGUAGUUUGGCUGUUGGUUUUACAUGAGAAUACAAAUAAAGAAGCAGAAAGGAGAUUGCAGAGAAACACAUCCAAAUAGUAAUACAAAAUCUACCACAGGAACUUGUUUAUUUGUUUACCACUGCUUGACUCACAAGUUUCAACAGAGAAAUGUGCAAAGGAUACACAAAAGGAAUGAUAAGUACUUAAUGUUUUGUGCUUUAAGGGUUUGAGUAUUUUGAGUCGGGUAAGUUUGACCUUUUGGCUCUGUCAGAGAGGUGUUAGUGAUAAAUCUGUUUUUAAAGAAAGAUAAAAUGACCUGCAGAUGUCUUACCUGUAUUCUCCCCUCAUUGAGGUUCAGAUGGGAGGCUAACUGGUCUCUGAUGUUCAUGUCGGGGUAAUGAGUCUGCUGGAAAGCCUUCUCCAGCUCCUGAACCUGGAAGGUUGUGAAAGUGACCCUUGUUUGCCUCUUUUUCCUCUUAUCUGUAAAAAUAACACCAUCACUGACGCCUUCAUUUAAACAUGUUACUGGCACAUGGAUUUGAAGAAAAUAUAGUUUUUACUCACUUAUGCAAUUUGUUGUGGCUUUUGGAGAUUCCUCGUGUAGUCUGGUUUCUGUGGUUUCUACUGGAAGCAGGAAAAUAUGACUAUUAACAUGAAUAUUUUGUGAAUUUAGAUGAAAAUAUCACAACAGCCCCAUAUUUCAUAGAUGUCAAACCUGUGGGUGAAAGCUGGUUGGAUAUCCUGGUGUUCUCCUUGAUAACUGACCAGGUGCGGUGAACUCUUCUUUCUUUCCUGACACAGGUGGGCCUCCUCAGGAUUUCCUCAAUAGAGUGGGAUAGUUUUUUACUUGGCUGUGGUUCCUUUUCUUGGUCCGGGCAGAACUCAUCCUUUCCUUUAUUCCACAUUUCAGGUUGUUUAUCACCGGCCAUCAUCUCCUCUGUCUAAAGUCGUGUCUUGGUGUUCUCAAAAUAUCCUCAACUCUUCUUCUGCUUCUCUCCGGAGCUUUCCUCCAGUGUCUUCCUUGCUGAUUGAUCUUUUUUGAUCUCCACCCUCUGAAAGGAAGGAUCAGCCUGUGUUUGACCUGCAUCACAUGGCCAUUGGUAGGGAGGAGCGUUUGUCCGUACGUAACAGCUUCAUACUUCUAGGAAAGUCACUAAUCUUCAUCCAGUCACUUUUAAGAGUAAGUGCUCAUUGUAAAUACAUAAACUAAUCCUCCUGAUAUAAUAAUCUGCCCUUAUCACUCCUCUUCAUUUACUGAAGCUGAGUUGUUGAAUUGGUUCACAGGUUUCAUUGUAUACAUUGUAAAAACAAAUUGUGAUGUUGGAGCAAAUCUUUGUCGUUCUUUAGUUUGAUUAACACAGACAUGGUCCUCAACCAUAAAAGAUCUUUAAUUUUCUAGCUACUCCCUCUUAUCAUCACCUUUAUUGGGAAUAUAGCCUUAUCUCCUUGGCCUCUGAAUAACCCUCUGCACUUUAGUUCACCCUUUACAAACUCAGGAAACAUGAGGUGGAGCAGAGAUAUGGCAGGGAGUGACAAAGAACAUCUCAGGUGUUUAGUUUGCCUCCAUCUAGUGGUGACAGGUUGGUAGUGCAUCCACGUUUAAUAAUAAUAAUGCAUCAGAUUUCAUAUAGCGCUUUAUCAGAGACCCUCAAAGCGCUUUACAUUGGAUACAUCAUUCAUUCGCUCACACAGUCACACCUUGGUGGUGGUAAACUACCUUAGUAGUCACAGCUGCCCUGGGGCAGACUGACGGAAACGUGGCUGCCAUUUUGCGCCUACGGCCUCUCCGACCACCACCACACAACACUCACAAUCAUACACCAGUGGAGGACACACACUGGGAGCAAGGUGGGUUAAGUGUCUUGCCCAAGGACACAACGGACAGACUUGGGAUAGGGGGGGAAUCGAACCACCAACCUUCCGGUUAUUGGACGACCACUCUACCUCCUGAGCUACUGCCGUUUGACCUCCUUUUCAGUAAAAAUACACCCUUAUGAGUUCUUUUUGAAAAUCAGCAACCAUGCCAUGUAGGUAGACUAACCUCUAAUGGCAGAUGUAAAGUGCUGAGUUUCAGCUUGUGUGUACAAGGUCAUAAUCACUGAUAGAGUGAGCAGGACCCUGACAUGAAAAAGGGGAUCUUGGGUUUUCCAAUUUGAACAACUGCUCAUUUACUGGACAUUAACCUGUUUAUUCACUAGCAAAAAGUUUUAAAAAAAUGAAGUAGUGACAAUGAUAGUAAAUCUUUUUUUUGUUGUUGUUGUUUGUUUUAAAAAUGAUAAAAAGAUCAUCCCUGAGUUGCAGUGGUCGGUAACGCUUGCAUGUCAACAGAAUCUUGGCAAACAUUAGUUUUCACAUUUUCAAGUCUACAUUUAACAAUAUUCAAGACGCUGAAAGUAACAGCAGCACCUGUGCGAGCUUCUCUUCCCUGUCAAUUUUCUGUCUGUCUAACGUAGCUAAUGUUGUGUUGCACUUUGUGUUUUCUACAUGUCUGUUUUUUUUAAUUUGUUAGAGGAAAACAGACGUGUUGGCUCAGCUCCUUGUGUCUUCUAAUACUCCUUGUUCAUUUGUGUGCUGAAUUUAUUUCCUUCUUUACUCUGCUUGUGGCUUAUCAGCCAUUUACCUUCAAUCCAAGCUUGUUUAAUCUUAAAAAAAUAAAGAUUUACUUGAAAAAUAUCCUCCAUGUUGAUUGCUAAUGAUAUCAGAAGUUUUUGCCACAUUGUAAACAGGAAGGGGUCAAUUAUAAACUUCAUGCUGAUAUCACUCUCAUUCUGCAAAUUGAUUUAAUAUUGGUAAUAAGUGUGAUUAGGUUGUCCUUGGUGCCUUGAUUAAUAACUGUUGUCAAGAGGUUCUGACCAAUAAGAAUCAGGUAUUUCACACAGCCAUGUAAUUGAAAAAUCUCAUCAUAAUGUACACACCCCUGCAGUUGACCCCGUGGCCCUUUCAAAAUAUCCCAGAAGGGAUUUUCUAGUUUAUCUUAUCAUAGAAUAUAAUGCAACAAAAUUAAACAAAAUUAAACUUUUUAAACAUAAGGAGCUUUUAAUGUCUUUUUGCAUUUCAUAUUCAUACUCCAUGAUAUCUGAGGGGGAACAGAGCAUGUUUGAUUUUAUAAAACGGCAGAUGAACUUUGGGAUGAAGAUUUACAAUUUGAUAAUCUCAUUAGAAUAAACCAUAGAAUGAUAUAAAUUCAAUGAAAGAGACGGAUGUAUAAAACUUGAAGUUUUAGAAACAAAUUAGAAGAAGGCAGGUUAACAAGUGUUUUGAGACCACCUAGUGGCCAUUUGAGGGACUAUAGUUUUUCUCUCUGGAAAAGGCUGCAGCUUUGUCCCCUCAGAUUACAUAAACGCUAAAACACUUGGACCUGUAAUUUUUGUAAUGCAUUCCUUACGCUUCAGUGUGCCUUAUUUUCAAACCUGACACUGUGCUGAGAUGCAAAAUUCCUGUUGUGAUAACUUUUAAUCUGAAUGACAUCAUCAGGAUCCGUUUAAUGGACUCCCUCACUGCCAGGCUGAGUCUUUCCCAUGCUUAGUAAGCCAACAGUCACGUGUAUAAACAGUGGAGUGCACCUUUCAUGCACCAGUAUCACCCACAUUCAUAACCACGUGAGCCUUUUGAAUGUAUACCAUGCACAUUUAUGAGUCACAAUUUUGAUACCAAACAGUAGAGACAGAUCUUAAUCACAAAAUGCAAACCCAAUAUUUCAUGCACAUUUUUUUGUUAUGUCUCCAGCAAUAGUGAAGGAUUUUUUGUAAUCAAAAAGAGACAUAAAGUUAACAUUUAAAAGUUAUUUCACAUGCUGUAAAGACAGUUUUGUGCAGUCAAGCUUUCUUACCGUUAUCUGUUCAUAACACAAAUGGGAACUCAGGAGUUAUAAAAUGUGACCCACAUGAGUCUCUUGAGGUGAAAGUUUACAUUCAUGGUGGUCUUUGUAAGAUUAAAACAGUACUCUUUUUACAGGGAACCAACUGCUUAUUAAUUGCACAAACAGUUUAAGAGUGGAAGUGUUGCUUUCAGUGAGGGUGACAACAAAGAUCAAUCUGACUGUAUUUAUUUGAGGCAAAUAAAGUUGGACUUUUGGAAAACAUCAGAAGAAAUAACAGUCAGUGAGCCGAAAUGUUGGAGUUAUUAUUAAAUAUGAAUGACUGCUGACUUUGUUUAUCUCUGCUGGAGUUUGAUACAUAUUACAGUGAUAACAAAAACUUCAUUGUUCUGCCAUUUAACUCCAUGUGGUUCCUCUUUUCAUGCAGUAAAUCAUGAUAAAUAAAUAACUUUAGCUAAUCUCUGAGUAUUUUUAAGAGAGAGCCACUUCAAAUAUGAAAUACUCACUGAAAGGGUCCUUAUAUUUGAGUUGAUCACUGGGUAAUAUUACUGUACUCCUAAAGUCCAACUAAACUAAUCCUUACUCAAUCCAGAUUAACUGUAAAAGCUUUUUCAAGCAGAAAACAGUUUAGGUCGGGAAAGUUGUACUCAAAGCAGAAACUUUUAAUGUCUCAUCAAGAGCAACCAAGCACUGUACCACACACUGAAAAGUAACAACAUUUAACUGAAACCCUUCAGUUUAUCAGACAUCAGUAUUUACCAAGACCCUGAGGGGUAAGGCCAGAGGAGUGAUCGUAAUUUUACAGAUGAAGUAGCGACCAGAACCGUCCAAUGCAAAGUGGGGGAUGGUUGAGUCCAGAUAAAGGUUACGUUCUUGGGUUUUAUUCUACUCAUAUCUAUAAAUAAGUGUGGCACAGUCAUUAGAAUAAAAUGUAUUUCAAGUUUUAGUGACAUUUUAGUCAUUUUUGCCCAUUUAGUCUAGUUUGAAAUUGUAAAUACUGGCAAUCAUGCUAACUGUUCAUUGUCAUGCGCAAUAACUUGACAGCCAAUAUGGACUUGAUUUGAUGAAAGAAACAUAGAAAUGCAGUCAUGGCAACAAUAGUGUUGCAUAAACAGGGAUGGACGUCAGCCAAAGAAAACACACUUCUUGAUACAAGAUCGAAAAUUUAUGCUAUUUGUUAGGAAAACAUGCCAAACAAGGGGAGGUGUUGAAAGAAACUGCUGUGCCAAUAGAAGAACCAGGAAGCCAAGCGGCUAGCAAUGGUUAGCUUGCAUGGUCAUUUUAUUGGAUUUCCAGUUAUGAGAGUCAGGACAGUGGUGAAAAGAGUCUUUGUGUGUGGUGGCUGCACACCACACACUACAGGAACAAAACUAUCAAACCUAUCAUGUGGGAUCUCUGACAUUUUCCACAUUUCAAAAAUCUUGGUGUGAGUCAGGCUUUAGAUGGAUGAUUUAGACUCAUCCCCCAAAUGCAAUUACUGCUGUGUUGUCCCUGCUGGUCUACUAAAGAGUGACCCUUACUCUAAAUAACUUAUCAUCCUUUUCUUUUUCUUCCAUCUUGGUCAUGGAAAAACAUUUUGUUGGGAACAUUUGUUGUGAUAUUUUUCAUUCAUGUUUGGUAUUCCUAGUUUUGGUACAAAGUCGGGUAGUCUGGUAUGAUCUUUAUGGGGAUUCUUGGACUCUUGGGGCUCUCUUUUCGUGCCCUCUGACAGCGCGGUGGAGGAUAGCGCACCCUGCGCUCUAUUAUUUUUGUCACUUGCGACACUUGUUGAGGAGCUGCCUUCUGUCACCAUCGUGUGGCAUUGCUGUCUUUAGCCAUCUCUUGAUCUCUUUGACUACUGCACGAAAAUUGUAAUACGCCUCACCAGUGGCAGAUUAAAAUGUGAGGAGAGGAGCUGAUGUGAUUGGUGAAAACAGGUCUCGGCUGUGUUAAACCCACUCCACGUCUUAUCCCCUCUCUCUCUACUACUUAUGCCACUGGGAGGAGCUGAGUUAGGGAGGGGGGAUGCUUAUGCCGGGCUGCGCCGCUCUCUAAAAUACCAAGAUGUGCUUGGGUACGCCUUGUCGGCACAGCAGACCUGACUUACAUCUCGUGCCACGCCGCAGGGGAGGCACGAAAAUAGAGCCCUUGGAGUUAGCCCCCAGUGGACACUUAAGGAACUGCAGUUUUAAGUGAUGAAGUUUCUUCAUUUUUCCUCUGCUGGAGGUUGUUGCUUGUGUUUGUCAUGUUCAGUUCAGUCCAGAGUUCUGCUGGUCCAAGGUUUUUUGGCUAAUGUUGCAAAAUGUUGCUUAGCCAUUGCUCAUACAUGAUGGAAUGAUCUAAAUGAUCUUAAAGAGCAGUGUCAACCUGCUCUUCAAGUGUGUUGAGAAAACUUCAGCCUGUUUGAGAAACUAUAUAAUAAGAAUUUAACAGCUGAGUCUGCAAAUUUCUUAAGAAAUUUAAUCCCGUUUUUACCUUCGGCACAGCACGUGAGACAAACUGUAAGAAAAUUAUUAUUCUUUUUUUUUAAAUCUUAGAUGGAUUUGAAUAAAGCUGUCUGAUCUGCUAAAUUUAGACCUUAAACGGCACCACCUUAAAGUCCAACAUGUGCAGCACAUUACCCUGUAAAGGAUUCCCUGUAUGUGGGGAUUGAUAGCACACUGCCUCUUGCUCAAUUUGAUUAUAGUAAGUCUGUGAGACAAACAUUUGAGCUGUCUCUCUGGUUAACUGGAUCAUGUGCCGCUGUAUUGCAGCUGAACGUAGAAGCUCAGAUGUGAAUGACAGAUCAAUAAUGGGUCGAGGUUCAAAUCAGGUAACAAGCUAAAAUAAAGACCUUCUUUCUUUUCUAAAGAAAAAAAAAAGAACAAGCGGAGUUUUGGUUAGGGGUUAGGGGACAAACAUUCACAAAGAUGAUUAAUGUUUGUUCAAAGCUUUGAUUAGCAAGAUUUAAUGAGCACAUGAGAGAAAGCUCAGCUGCUUAUUACUCCACCUCUGAGAGGCUGAAAUGUAUUUAUAUCAUGGUCCAAACAUGAGUAAUUUUGAAACCUUGCAGUUUUACCUCAGUUUGAAAGGUAGAUUGAAAGAAUGCUUACAAACUGAGGCUAAUGCUACCUGACAUGUGAUUGAUCCUGGAUACAGUAAACUGAACAGAGUCACAUGCACAGAGCAGCAGACCCCAUGAUGCCUCUGCUCUACUUCUUUCUGCACUUUGUCAGUUUCAUGUGAGUUUAAUUUCCCACAACUACUCUAUUUGGAUCCUAUUUGAAGCUCCCAAUGCUGUAGUGCGGAAAGACCAGAAAAGGUUUCUCGAAUGCAUUUAUUUUCUACUAAUAAAUAUAUACAGUAUGUACAUAUAUAUAUAUAUAUAUAUAUAUGUAUAUAUGUAUGUAUGUAUGUAUGUAUGUAUGUAUGUAUGUAUGUAUGUAUGUGUGUGUGUAUGUGUGUGUGUGUGUGUGUGUGUGUGUGUGUGUGUGUGUGUGUGUGUGUGUGUGUGUGUGUGUGUGUGUGUAUAUAUAUUUACAUACACAUGUACAUACAUAUUCAUAUUAUAAACAGCUAACUGUUGAAUCUGCAGAAAAAGAAGCUACAUGCUCUGGAGUUAGAUCAACCUGUGGGUAAAACUCUCUCAUUGAUGAUGUGUAGGGGUCUUGAGAAAUGAGAAAUGAAGCGAGAAUUGUGAAAAAGUUCCCGGGUGUCCAAGUGCUACACUUUCACUUUGCACACUUAACAUACAAAACAAACAACAACAAAAAAUCACAUACAGCUUUUUCUUAGCUGGGAGAUUAUUGUAUAAAAGAGCACUGAAACGCUCGCUUUUAAAGAAGACAGGACAGAUUACAUCUCUUACAGCACAAACAGACCACUAGAGCUAGUUUGCACACCCUGUCUACACUAUACCAUGGAAGCAGUUGGCUUGUUGUGUAUAAUUUGACAACAGGUGACUUGUUAGAAAUCAAUUUUUGGACUUUUCAAAUUGGUUCAAAAUUUGCAUUUCUUACAUGGAUGGCUCUUUUAAACUCUGCAGAAACAUUGCAAGUGACAGCUGGAAGAUGUGUGUGUGUGUGUGUGUGUGUGUGUGUGUGUGUGUGUGUGUGUGUGUGUGUGUAUGUGUGUGUGUGUGUACGGUAGAUAGUACUCAAAGAUCCAGGUCCCUUCUUGGUAAUUAAAAAAUAAAUGAAUAAAAAUCACAUUUCAAGUAACAUUAUGGUGAAAGACCUUAAAAGAAAAAAAUUCUAUUAUAUUUUUGUUUUAUUAAAAUGACCAGAAAUAGGAGUCCACUCUUGGUCAGUGUGGCCUAAUAGUCCACGGUUGGUCAGAUAAGCGUGUACAUCUGUGUGUGUGUGUGUGUGUGUGUGUGUGUGUGUGUGUGUGUGUGUGUGUGUGUGUGUGUGUGUGUGUACUUAAGGAGUCUGUGCUUGAUUGUCUUCGUCCUGCAGUGGCCGGUGUGCGACCCCAACUCUUGACUCAGUUAUUAGAAAAGCUGAACAAACCUGUGACCCACAGAAGGAUGCCAAAAGAGUGAGAGGCCAGCACAUAUCGGGCUCUUCUAAAGCAGGCUUGGACUACUUUCAAACUCUUAACUUGGAAUAAUAAUCUAAUCUUUCUAAUAACUCUGCGGGGAAAGUUGGGAAAUUGUGUUAACAUUUCCAGGACGUUUACUCAUCGCCAAUUUUAUCAUGUGACAGUUUGGCACAUGUCUUAGAUAUGGAGGCGCACCCUCCCAAAAUGAAUGUGUGCUAUAAAAAAAAAAGGAAAGGAGGAGAGGAGGCAAACAGAACCAAGGCACUCCAAGAAGACGGGAUUUAAUCUCACUUCACCAGUAAGUGCAGCAGUCUGACUUGCCUGUGUCUUUAAAAACAGGUCAGAGCAGCUAACAGGCUAUGUGUAGCGUUACAGUUUGCUGCCACAGCUCUCUGAAGGGAUUAUUCAUGCUUGUUCAGGUUUCCUAAAGAGUUCUUCCACCCUGAGAUUGAAAAAGUGAGAGGAAGAGAGAGAAAUGAUGUCAAACCCUGACCGGAGACUUUCUGGCUGACAGAUGUCAGCUGGUCAGAUGCUCUUACUGUUGUAAUUGGGUUCACAUGAGCUGCUGGUGGGACUCAUUUCAAUCAGCAGGCGCAGGGAUCUCGUGGCAAAUGGUCCACCCCUCCUGUACUCCCACCUCUUUGCUUUCUCCAUUCUCCUCUUCACUCUCUCUUGAUGUGCUCCCACCCCUCUUAUGAAUGUUUUUGCACUUUUCUGUUUUGUUUUCUUCGGGCUUAGAGGACCACCACCUGAGCCUGUAGGCUGACGCUGACAUGGCUCCAGAAAAGGAGAGAAACGGUCUCAGCAACUAUGCUUUUACAGUAAGUAAGGCUUUUUUUCUGUUUAUUACAAAAAAAUGAAAACCCAAUUUAUAUUUAUGAUGAUUGUAACCCUCAUUAUUUUGAUCUCUAAAAUGAGGAUCACACUCCAGCAUCUAAAAUCUGGCAGUAAACAGGAAUGUGAAAGCAUACAGGUGUGUGUAUAAGUAUUACAGGGUGUUUUAUUACUGGAUAAAACCUGCUGUGUGGUCACUCGGAAACUAGUGAAAGCCUCAUGGUUACACAGUAUGUUACUCAGACAUUCUUGCUCCUCCAUGCUUAAAAUGACAUUAUAUAAUUGAGACGGUUUAGUCCAGGAAACUAAACUUGAAGCUUUGAAUCUGAAGUAUGUAGAAAUGAUCUUUUACUUCUGUAAAACAAGACAGGAGAAGUUUUCUACAACAGGGUUUUAAAGAUUUCUGAUCAAAGAAAAACUGUGGUGGAAAAAUGAUCUGACUGUGACUUUUAAUCAACUCUGUGCUACAGGUGUGAAGCAGCAUGAUUAAUUCUGGUCUCUAGAAAGUCAUGAACUAACAAACAUUUUACUGAAACAGUCAAUACAAGACAAAUAGGCUGAUUGUUUGAGCAUGUUGAGUAUAUAUAAGACUUUGACCAGGACUGUCACAUCAGAAAUCACUCUGACAAUGAGAAUCAGGUUUUGACUGUGGUUCUUCUUAUUCUCGGUUUUGUAUGAACUCUUCAAUAGUCCUAAAAUUUCUCUAGGAAUUGCUUUUGAUAAACAAAAUUACCUUAUAUGUCAUCUUUCAAUUUUACUCAUGUUAUAGUUUAUCAAUAUCACUUAUCCUGUCACUGACACUUCCUUGAAGAACACUCAUUACACUCAUUGUUUGUCAUGCUUUUAUUUUGAUAUUUUUUUCUGUCUUGAGUUUUGGUUGAUUUGUUAGCUAUGCCUUUAUUCUGAAGUGUUGCACUUCUGGUAGCAGUUAAUGGUUAAAGUAACAUUUUUAAUGAAAGAGAGUAAACUGUAAAUGUUCAAUUAAUUUAUAACUCUGAGAAACUCAAUAACUAACUUAGUUUUUGGACUCACUGUAAAUCUUUAAAUCUCUUAAAGGGCUGGUAGCUACGUUGCUAAGAUAUAGAGGUGUAUUCUUUUUAAUCAACAUCAUACCUUCACACGGCUUUUGGGUUCAUAAUAAAUCUUUAAACAACAGUUUUAAAAAGUAUCUGAUGAACUACAGCUUGCCAUCCUGCUGGUUUGUUUUCAUGGUGGAUGGUAUUCAGAAGCAGAACUACAUCCAACUAUGAAAAAAUAAGUUACAUGGUUGUAUUGUUUGCUUAUUUCAGCACAAUACCAAUCUUAAUCAAUUAAAAUAUAGGCACAGAUGUGUAUCAAAGAUCAUCAUCUCUUCAUGUUUCACUAACCUCUGACUCUAUCUUUCUUUUUGAAGCUUGAAAAGCGUUUCAGUGAUCUUCCAGAAACAAAACAUGGGGAUGAAACGGACUCAUCAGUGGAGGGAGACACAAAUAAACUAGCAUACUGUGUAACAGACGUACCUCCCUGGUACCUGUGCAUCCUUUUAGGCAUCCAGGUACGUCUUUAGGAUGGUUUUAAAGUUCUUGCUUGUAAAUGUUGUCCUCCUUCAAGAUUGAUUAGUUUGAUGCAAAACGAGCAAACGUGACCACAGAGUCACAUGAGAGGCCCCAUGGUUAAUUUGACUUGGUUUUAUUCACACAGGUCAGAGUGUGAAAUUUGCCUCAGAUAAAGUAAAAAUGUAAAGUCAGCGAGACUUUGGUUAAUGCAUUUAGCAGCUAUGUCAGGAAGUCCUAAAUCAGCUGUAUUUACUAUUCACCUUUUAUACAUAACAUGCACAGCCAAUGCACAGAUACAUCCGGAUGUAUGUGUAUUUUAAACUCUUUGUAGUUUGUGCACAUGUCCACCCAACAUCAAAAUAACAUGUCUCUCUGUGUUCCACUCAUGUCUCUGCUCUGUCAGCACUGUUUGACUGCGUUUGGAGGAAUCGUCGCUAUCCCGUUAAUCUUGUCUCAGGGGUUGUGUCUGCAUCAUGAUGGCCUCACACAAAGCCACCUCAUCAGUACCAUCUUUUUCGUCUCUGGUCUCUGUACUCUAUUGCAAGUCACCUUUGGCAUCAGGUAAGGAAGUAGGAGGAUACAUAGUGAAUGAGCAGGAGGAUGUCUGUUGCACGUUGUGUGAUAAAAGCAGGAGUUUAUCAAAGAUGGAGUGGACUAUAGAUUUAUUUUCUAAUCAGUAUAAGGUGUUUAGUACAUUUUCCGUCUCUGUUGGCUUCUGUGUUAAAUAAUGUGAAGCUGCACAGAAUGCUGUAUUAAAGUGGGUUUAAUCAUGCUGCUCCCUCUGAUUAAAAGGCAGAACAAAAAAAACUGUUAGCUCUCUUUCCUAACUCUUUUUGAAGUCAGCUCUGCAGAGAGUUAGUGUGCAGCCUUGACCACAAACAAUAGAAAACUCUGGUGUUUGAAUGAGCACAACUUUAUGUAAGGGAUUAGCAGGGGGAAUGUAAAAUUCAAAUAUUAAGAUACUUAUAGAUUUUUUUCAGCAUUUGCAGCUUUAAUGUGUGUAAAACAAGAGGUUUCAUGUUAAGAACCCUGAGUGUUUUGAAAAAUGUUAUCCUCUUCUGUUGAAGUCCUGAAAACCCGUUAUAAUAUGUGACGUGAUGAAGGCAUGGACCAUUACGCACCACAAAUAUUGUUAUCUGAUACAUCAUGACGCAGGCCAAAUAAGAACAGUACAUCUUUGUUUCUGCAGAAACUAGGUCAGAGAAGCCUAAAGAAAGUCUCCUCACCAUGUAAAAUGUGGAGCACCUCUUAUGUGCAGUGACGCUCACUAAGUAGUCUUGAAAUAACUGGUUAAGCUUUGGAGAACUACAACCCUAUAGCAUGGUGUGUUACUCUGAACAUGCGCCAUGCUUGACUCAGCCUGGCUAAAUAUUGGUGUCAGAGUUGGAUUGGUGGAGGAAUUUCCAUCUUAUUAUGUUUGGAAUUUAGUUCUUGCUAAAUCCACAUUCCCCUGGUUUAGCACCACUGAUGCUUUCUUGUCUCUCUAAAUACCUGCUGGUCAGCCAUAAGACAAACAAUCAGUGUCUUUAACGCCAAAAGAAAACGCUUUUUUUUCCCCUCAGCAUGUCAACAUUACAAACUCCAGCAAAGAUAUUUGCUAGCUUUGUUUCUUUCUGUUUCUUUGAGUUAUCACUGUAUCCAUAAAAGUACUUGUCUUCUGACUCACCGUGAACCAUUGAACAUUUUUCAGUAGUGCAUCUGUAGUGGCCUGAUGUGAACUGCAGACAUUUACAUGAGCUGCAUUAUGAGAGCUUUUACUGAGCCAAUGACUGUAACUCAGUUAGUCCCCAAAGCAGAAACUUGUUCAUGAUCAGGAGGUUAGUCUGACGACCUCCAUGUGAUUUAAAUGAGCAGAUCUAUCAUAUGUUGGCCAAAGACACUGUAGAUAGAUGACUGAGAUAGCCACAGGCAUGGUGUGUAUUAAUCAGUGACAUUUAGCAGCACAGACUUGGUAGAAAUAGAAUUCAAAGUUCACUCAUAUAAGUGAAAAGAGCCCUUCGCACCUCACCUCACUCUCUGGCAAAAUAUGUUGGCAUCAUCUGAGACCCAGUUUUCAAAUCUGACACAUUACUAUUAUUUAAACCUGGAUAAAGCCACUCACUGGAAAAGGCCAAAUUCAAGCCUUUUCCCUCCCUUAAUGAUUUUUAAACUGCCUCCAGCACCUUAGUUGCCACCCAGCUAGACUACAAUAAUUCCCUUUGUCUGAGCCAAGACUGUGAAGUGGAAGCAGAGAGCUGUUGUUGUUGUUGAUUGCAAAAUUUUUGACUAUAAAAACUUGAAAUUAGAUUGUACUUAUCAUGCAUCACAAAGGCUUCUUGCCUUAAAAGGCCACCUUCCCUUAACCAACUAAAGGAGUGAUCACAGAAGCAUUUCAGCAAAGUAUCUGGCCACUGCUAAGUAUUCCUUGCCCUACGGUGAGCUACAAUUGGGACAGUUAAUGGCUGAGGUCUUCUUUAAUUUAAAUGCUUAAGCACAAUUUUAUGUAACAUGGGACAUAAAAUCCUAAAGUAAAUGAUGUCAAAUUAGUUUGACGAGUAUGGCUAAUGUUAGCAGAGCUAGCACCACCAGCCUUUGGCCCAUCUUGCAGAUUAUGUCCUCAUGCCUGAGCUGGUCAAACAUUACCUUAAUCAAGCACAGUCUUCAUUCAACUUUACAUCCAUUUUCUAGAUUCAAUUUUUUUUGUUAAACCAUGCCAUGCUACUGGGGGCCAUCUGUCAUCUGUGCUUGUUGACAUCCAAGUACUAGAGCGUUCAAGCAUUAAUGGAAAGUCCGCUGGUGUAAAAUCAUAUAAUCAACUAAGCCUGCACAUCCUGGUUUUAAACACACUACAGAUAUGGUUUCUAAAUACUGAUUUAACGCCUCGUCAGUGCAGAACUCUAUGUUUGAGAUUUUUCUGUUGUUUUGUGAAAUACUAAGGUGAAAUAAUUUAAAAAUAAUAUUUUACACAUGCACUUUACUCUGCAUGUUCUCUGCAGCUGUAUUUGAAUGAUGUCUUCAUCAACACUUUUUACCGUAGGGUGUUUUGUAUGGCUAACCACUGGCCAUCAAAGAGUCAGUGAGUCUAUUGGUGCACAAAUUUGUACUAUGUGAAAAAAACUAAAACAGUCAAGUCAAGGAUGAAUAUAUGCGGUAUAACUAAUAAACUUUCCGUGGCACAGUUUGGAGUGCAAGCUCAUCCUCUGUUUCUUGACAUGUACUUGCAGACUGCCCAUUCUCCAGGGUGGGACAUUCACGUUGCUGUUACCUUCUAUGGCAAUGCUUUCCAUGCCAGAAUGGAAAUGCCCGGCUUGGACCCAAAAUGCGAGCCUGGUCAACACCUCCUCCCCAGAAUUUAUUGACGUGUGGCAGAGUCGCAUGAGAGCAGUAAGUAAGCCAUGUGAUAUUUCUAAUCACAACUUACAGCCUAACUUCCUGAGCUUUGGCUGAAAGCUGGAGCACAAUUAAAUCCCGCUAAUAGUAUUUUGAUCACAAAUACCAAUGGUAUCUUGCCAGUUUGGAUUGGGAAGGACUGAUUUAAGUGUAGAAUCCAUUCAACAAAACCCCAAAUCUAUAGUACACCAGCCCUAUAUAGGAUGUAACAAACAUUAUUACACCAGUGGGCUAAAUUUAAUUAAAUAAAAGGCAUUUAUCUGUAUUUUUGCAUGCAGGGCCUGAUCCUUGUGUUUGAAAAAGAGUCAGGGGAAGCAAAAUAAAGCAUUACCAUCACAACAUGUCAUUAGCCAAUAUCUCUUAGUAUAGCCAGCUACUUAAAAAUGAUAGUGUGAAGUGCUAAAUCAAAUUUAACCCUAGGAAUAUAUCAAGUAUUCUGAUUCAAAUUUCUCCUUCUGUAGUUGGACUGCUGUUUAAUUUCAUAUCCAAGCUCUUUAACUCUAAGCUUCUCUUGCAAAGAUCUCACCUCAAACAUUAUAAUUUUAAGAAACUUAAUCAAGGUCAGCAAACAAGAGACCAGAACACGAUUAAGAUGUAACCGUAUAUAGGAGAACAAACCAAAAGCUGGGUUUGUUUGUUGGAAGCACAGUGCUAGUCUUGCUAACACUGAAAAUGCUAGGUGAAUCACUCAGGCAAACAUAAAAAUACUCACAAAAGAAAGGAGGAAGUGCAAAACACAUCGCCUGUUAUACAUUAACCUAGACCACACUUUUUCUAGAAAAUUCAAAUGAGACAUGCUUUCUUAGACCAUCUAUCAAUCCCCAGUGGCAGAGAAGGGGACUACAAGGUCUUCAAGAAAAUAUGAUCCACAUUUGGAUGCAGAUUUUUAGAUGUGGUUUGCACAUGGGAUAAAAAUGUGAGAAUAAUUAUUUUUUUAGAGAUUAGAUAUUAAGAGCAUUGCAAAUAAAGUCUUUGUAAUGAAGUUGAUGGCCAAAAAUAAAUUAAGCUUUUUAAUCUGGUUUUAACCAAAGCAAUGACUCAGCUCAUAUAAAAUUUCUUAAUAAUUUGUUUGACAGCAGACAAUAGGAACUGUAUUGUUUUAAUAAUGCCUCAUUUUAAAGGGCAAGCUGCUUACUGUAAAUCCUAAAUUAAUGACCAGUAUUUAAUCUACAGCAGGGACCCUCAUAAUAACCAAGAUCAUGAGCUUGAUGAUUGAUGAAAGGCUGGCAUUCAAUUAACUAACUGGACCAGAUUCAUAUUUUCGACAUUGUACAUCCUGUACAACUAGGCGAUAACCAAAUCAGAUUAGUGGUGAACCACAUCACGUGUCAUCUCUGUGUAAUAUCUUACUUUUUUUCUUUUUGUUUCAACUAAGUACCGCUGUCAGCAUCUCCACCGCUCAGUGAGUGCAAAACCUAACCCAUUUAUGGUUUGUGACAAGCUGUGCAAAAAUAAAGAGUCUUUAUCAGUUUAAUGUGUUAAUCCACAACAGAUUUGACACAUUUCACAGUUUAGAACCAUCUGUCCUGGAAUGAGUGGGCAAGAUAUUAUUCAUUAAAUAGAUAAAUAAGCCCUCACACGCCAUAACCAUGCAUCCUGGGUUCACCUGACAGAAUAAUCUGAAAGAGACUUGAAUACAAAAAGAGAGUGAACAAAAAUAUCAGGGCGCUAAUGUAGAGUUCCGACUAAGGCUCAAACCUUUUUUAGCCCCAACACACAUGUUCAUUGUCAGCCAGAUUAAAGCGACAAGAACCACUGUAUGGCAGCCUAAUGUAGCCCUGUGUGGACACAAGAGUAUUAAACCCUUUAGGCUUUGUGAAUAAUGCAAUCUCUUUUUGGCUGGAGUUAGUGAAUAAGACCCUCACUCUGUGUGAAGUAUGAACAGCUGUAAUCCUCAGAGACUAAGAGAAUUUGAUAGAAAGGCCUGCUUCCAAUACAAGCCUGCCUCAUAUAAAGGCCUGGUACCUGAGGCAGUAAAAACAAAUUAAAGCCUAUAUUUGGGGAUUUACUGUAUUUUAAGUCUUGGGAAAUGUGCUCAGGUAACAGCUCUUUUUGGUCCCAGUCAUACCUGAAAAAGAGUGAAUAACACUCUUCUACAAAUUCUCUUUCAUCUUUGGAGUUCCUCAGGGCUCUGUUAUCAUGUGUCUUCUCUUUUCAUGAGCUCCCACUCAGUCCUCUCAUCCCAAAAUUUCUUUAAAAGCCUUGGACAUAUUUUUUAGUGUUUUAUAUUCAGUAAAUUAAUUAAACAAACUUCAGAGUAAGGGUCUUCUUUGUCAAAUAGUGAUUCUGAACCACAUUAAAAAGGUAUCACUCCAGCUGUGCAGCAAAAUUUGGCUCUCCUUUACAAGCCACCUGUUGAUAUAACAUCUGAUUAAAUUUUAUUAAGCCACUCCAUUAAUUUAUCCCCUCUAAACUGCUGAACCUGCUACAAGUUCUCAAGUUUUGGUCUUUCUCAGGUUUUGGUCACAUAUUAGUGGAUUAGUCUGCACCCUGACAUCAAAGGUGCCCCCUCAGCAAGGCCUUUAAAGCUCAGAUCAGAGCUUACCUCUUUUGUGGCUACAGAAAGUAUUUGUUGCAUAACUCUUUGUUCUACCUUGAGUGUUGCCUGGUGUUUUUAUUUUCUGUAGCUAAGACGGCGGUGGCUAUUGUUGAAAAAAAACCUUCAACAGUAGUUUAGUAAAAGCUCUUUCAAAGAUUAUAAAAAUGUUUAUUUUUCUUUGAUACCAGGUUUCACUAAGAAAUCUGCUACUUUAACAAGAUUCUUCACACAAUAAAGUACAUAAAGAGGGAUUUUCCAGUAGUAUUUUGUACAUACAGCAUAUGGAGUAGCUGAAUUUAAUGUCUAAAUCAGCAAUUCAUCAUAGUCAACAUAAAAAACCUUGGAUCUACGACCAGGAUUAGACCAACAACUGAGUAUGAAUCUGACACUCAUUGCCAUUAUCAUGUAUCCUUUGAAAUGUUUUCAAUGUCGAGGCGUUUCUCUGCUGUUGUAGUCAAGGCUGCAAAGUUGAAGUGUCAGCUCUUGCAUUGUAAUUUUUCAGUUGUUAAUAUUUCAAAGGCUCUUUUUAUGCAUUUAAUCUUACUUCAAGGACCACAGCCCAUAACUGUCUUAGUUUUUGCAUUAAAAUAAAACGCAUUGCGAUCACAUCUUUGACGCGGACCCUACUUUAACCACCAAACCACUGAAUUUGUCAUGAAGACACUAAAGAUAUGUAUUUGAUUUGAAUAAACUAGACUAAUAAUCAUUUAACCUUUGUCUGUUUCUAGCUUCAGGGGUCCAUCAUGGUCGGCUCGCUCUUCCAGGUGUUUGUUGGCUUCUCUGGCCUCAUUGGCCUCUUCAUGCGCUUCAUUGGUCCCCUCACCAUCGCUCCAACCAUUGCUCUCAUUGGGUUGUCCCUCUUUGACUCAGCUGGGACAAGUGCUGGUUACCACUGGGGCAUCUCUGCCAUGUGAGUGAAAAAUGCUUUAAAUCAUUUCAGGGUCAUGAAGGUCCAGCUUUAGAGCAUUAAAAGCAAUGGACAUCCAAUGAUUUGUAUUUAACCUCAAUCUGCAAUUGCAUUAUUAAAAAAAAAAAAAAGUAUGUUUGACCAUAUUGUACAAAGCAGUAAACAGGCUCAUUACAGAGCAAGGGUUUCUUUAUGAGGACGUUUAUUCACUGUAAUGCAGUCUAGCCGGAUAAAUCUGUCUUAAAGUUUAAUUUUAAUCUGCUCAAUUUCUUUCCGUCUGUGGUACAAUUGUGUUUUGAAAAAUAAAAAAAACAAAAUAUAUCCGUUAAAGCAUUAAGCUGCCCCUACAGGGACAGAGAGCUUAUCAAAAGUUGUGCCAACGAAUCUAUUUAAUGUUUGUUUUAUUUUUUUACUUUAUGUUAAUGGACCUUGACCCAUCCAGCUUUAUUCAAUCCCGCUUAGGUUAAAUAUUAAUUAAAAUGAGAGUUAAUGUCUUUGUCCCGGUUCUCACAGGACCACAGCACUGAUCAUCCUGUUCUCACAGUACCUCCGCCACAUUCCUGUGCCCUUCCCCAUGUACAGCAAAGACAAAAAACUGCACACCUCCCGUGUCUACGUCUUCCAGAUACUUCCUGUAUGUACCUCCCAGUCAGUUUUAAUCUAACUGAAAAAAAAGACAACAACUCAGUCUAACAUUACAUCAUGUUUAUCUUUCAUCACACAACAAAACAUGAAAAGUAUUUUUUGUCUUUGAACCCUCAGGUGCUGCUUGGAGUCUCUUUGUCCUGGCUUGUCUGCUACAUUUUGACGAUAUAUAAUGUUCUCCCUGCUGAUCCGGAUAUGUAUGGUUACAGAGCUCGCACUGAUCUAAAGGGAGAUGUUAUGAGCCAAGCUCCCUGGUUUACAUUUCCUUACCCAGGUAACUUUGCGAAACUGAAAACUGAGGAGACUUUUUGUUUCAGAAAGUUAAUAGAAAUAGGGAUGCAAUGAUGUACAUGCUUCGUCUGUUCCACUAAACUCAGGUCAGUGGGGGAUGCCGACUGUAAGCCUGGCAGGGGUGGUGGGCAUCCUGGCAGGUGUGAUAUCCUCCAUGGUUGAGUCUGUAGGAGAUUACCACGCUUGUGCCAGGCUAUCAGGGGCUCCACCUCCCCCAAAACAUGCCAUUAACAGAGGUAUAGGGAUUGAAGGGCUUGGCUGCCUGCUGGCUGGAGCCUGGGGGACUGGAAAUGGUACCACCUCAUACAGCGAGAAUGUGGGAGCCCUGGGUAUAACAAAGGUGAGAUGAGCCUCCAUGCAUGGGCUCAAAAGCAUGUAAGACAUUAACUUAAACUGACACAACUGAGACAGAAAAUGACCUUUUGUAAUGACAGCAGGGAUGUAAGCUUGCAAGUGCAUUUAGUGCAUUGUUUUGCUCCUAAUUGAAAGAUGUGCCGAAACAAACCCAUAGUAUGCCUUCUCUUUGUCCACCUUUUAUUUUACAGGUUGGUAGUCGCAUGGUGAUAGUGGCCAGUGGAUUCUUGUUGGUGAUCAUGGGUUUAUUUGGUAAAGUUGGUGCUAUAUUCACCACCAUCCCAUCCCCCGUGGUAGGAGGGAUGUUUCUGGUCAUGUUUGGAGUCAUUGCUGCAGCAGGAGUGUCUAACCUACAGGUACAUCUACGAACCUGUUAUUACACUGACCAUCUAAGGUUUGAUUGCAAACAUAACAUUGAUGUCCUUUGUGUUUUUCCUCUAAUAUUUACAGUAUGCAGAUAUGAAUUCAUCUCGAAACAUCUUCAUUUUUGGCUUCUCCAUGUUCUCUGGACUGGUCAUUCCAAACUGGAUAUUGAAAAAUCAAAGGGCCAUUGCUACAGGUUCUCAAGAAAACUUCUCUUUGUGUUUUGUAUUAAGAGGAUUAACUUUUUUUUUUAAUUGUUUGACCAAAGUUUGAACUGAUUUCUUUAUAUUGUUUUCAGGUGUGGUCGAACUCGACCAGGUGCUACAGGUUCUUCUAACAACCAGUAUGUUUGUAGGAGGAUUUUUUGGCUUCGUACUGGAUAACACAAUACCAGGUAUUUCAUAUUUUACAUGUAUGUUAUUGGCAUUAACUUUAAUUUUAAUUUUUAUGUGCACUAAUAGCUCCCAACCCUGCAGACUUAUUACAUUAUUUAACAUUAUUGAUUGAUCUUUUUGGUUAGAUCUGAAAAGUGCAGUAAGAUGAGGAGAAAUAACACAGUAAGAUUUGGUCAGCGGUCGUAGCAAUCCAGUUAAGAGCCACAAGUUUAUACUAAUUGAUUAAGACUAACACUUUACAGGGAUAAAAUUAAGUUAGGGUCAAACACACUGUAACACAGAGUAAGACACCCUGUCGAGAGAUUGAUGACGUUGACCACUUGCUUCUCUAGUUACACCAACUUUAGUAACGACCGCAAAAUAGCAAUACACAGCAGUCUGAGGAGCCACGCGCUCAUAAAUGUUCUUCCUUGAGCUGCGUCACCCCACUGCGGUAAUGGACUCACCCUGAGAUCCCUGUACAAACAAGUGGCUGUUGGAAGAGAGUAGGUGAGUUGUGUUUAGUCUCUUUGCUAAAGAAAUCAAGCUAAACUAAAAAGAUAUUUGGUGGCUAGUGCUAUGGCUAGAACCCUAUAUGUACUGUUGAUGAAGUUAGGUGCUGUUCUGAGCAUUAUUUGUGGCUAUAGGGCGGCUUUUUGGUUAAGCAUGUGGCUGCUGGGACUGCUGUGUAUUGCUAUCGUGCAGUCGUAAAGUUGGUAUAACUAGAGAAGCAAGCAGUCGGCAACAUUAAUCUCUCAAUGGGGUGUCUAACUCAGUCUUACAGUGUGUUUGACCCUUAAUUUUACGCUGGAAUAUCCCUUUAAGAAAUGUGAAAGUCUAAAAAGUGUUUUACAAUUUAAUUUUAAAAAAUCAUUUGUGAAGAAGGACAGGCUAACAAGAAGCUUGAGCAUGCAUUUGCAUUUGCUGUUUGUCCUCAGCUUUGGAAUCUAACUUCAUAAGGUGAUCAUUAAGCAUUCCUCAUUGUAAUGCAAGCGGAGUUUGCAGAGCCCUCUUAAAUGAAUCUAUUUGUUCUUUUAACCUGAAGAGAGAUCAGCCAUAUUUGGUAACAACAACAACAACCUCUUUCUAACAACACUACAACUUCAUUCUUGUAAGAUUAGGACUUUAAUCUCAUAGAUUUACAAGCGUAAUCUUGGAAAUCGAAGACUGGAUUCUUUACUCUAAUGAAUACUCCCUCCUGAAAGAUAAAGUUAGAUUUUUUAACAAAAAGUUUUCCUCUUAGUUUACUCUUAUAGUGUUGAUGUAAUGAGUCAAAACCGUCAGUCAGUAAAGCAGUUAAGGGAACUAAUAUCUAACCCUGUCCCCAAGUCAGGCUCUGAAUAUUAUUCCAUAUUAUCUAAACCACAAAAAAACUGUGAAACGAGUAGACAUGUCAGUCACUGUUUUGCAGAGUACCCCCUGCAGGCUUAGAGCCUUCAGUUUUCAUGUUUUGGUUUGCAGCACAAUGCUUUUGUUUUUGUGUUCCUGAUUUUCAUCUAUUUGUUGCAGGUCUGCUGUGAAUGCAGUUGGUCUUUAUUUGCUUUUCUUUUUAUAUACACUAAAUUUGCAGUGAUGCAUUUGUUGUGGACAUUUACAUGACUUUAUGAAUUUCUAUUGUUUCUGAGCUUGCAGCACAUUUUUCCAAAUGAAAAUGAGACAGAGUAUGAUGGAUGUUAAAGCUUUGUCAGUCACCAUGCAUACUUCAAACUACAAACCCUGAGAGUUCAAUUUGACUCAAAACAGUGAAAAAAGAAAUGCUACUCUUAAGUAAGAGAGGAAUAAGCUUGUAAAAUACCCCCUGUGCUGUGGUUACCACUUAAAGAGAAGAGAUGAAAUUGCAGUCUAUCACAUGUGCUGUAACUCCUCUCUACAGAGUGACUUGAUAUGUUUGGUGUGCAGGAUCAGCUGUUCCUAGAACCACCUUUGUCUAUCCAGAAUUAAUCACCAUUGUUCAGGGGUUUUGGCUAACCGGAAUCAGUACUCAACACGGCUGGCUCAUUUGUAAGAAAGCUGAGGUGGAAUGCCUGUAGAGAGGCUUGGCUGAUGUCACAACACUGUGCCUUUUUGCCAGCAUUACUAAUCAACCACCAGUCACUGAAUUAGUAAAACUUUUACAGAGAAUUUGGGAACAAAGGCGGCGCCACAACAAUAGUACACAUACAAAUCCUUCAAAAGAUAUUUUUAAGAUGCAGUGAUUGAACUUCAGGAGCAUUUGCAACUAAAAUCUGUUUUUGGACCCUCUUCCUGUCACAUUCUGCUGCAUUUCCAAGCUUUCUGAAAACUGAACAUGCUGUCUGAGUAAGAUAAAAUCCACAGAGGCAGUGAUUCAGUGAUGUCUUGAUGAUAUCUUGGCAUGGUUUCACACAUCUCACACAUGUCUAACAGGAUCAAAGCAUGAACGAGGCAUCGUAGCCUGGAACAAGGCUCACGAGGAUGACUCUAGUAACACUCUGGAGAGUGGAGAAGUCUACAACCUUCCCUUUGGCCUCAGCUCCUACUCCUCCUCCUCCUCCUGGCUCCGGUUCAUACCUUUCUGCCCUCCUGGUGUGUCGACCUCGCUGGAGAACACCGCCCUUGAGCCGAAGCAGCCGCUGGGACAUCCAGAGCCCCCGCAACUCAUUAUCGGAGUCACUCUUUGAGAGGCGUACCCCCUCCAGCAUGCUGGUUUUAGGAUUAUUCUGAACCUUUACCGUUAGAGGCAGCUUAGUUUGGACCUCCUACUCAUCUUCAGAGACACUGUACUGUAAAACAUGGUGCAAAGUAUCUUACUCAGAGGUGACAUCUGCAAGUGGCGUCUUGCACUAGAUCUGUCAAUAUGUGGACUUUAUUAGGA